GACACAAGCCAUUGCUGCCGAUUGGGUGAAACAAAGCUGUACUUCCUCCACCACCGGCCGAUAUAUGGCCGAGAAAGACGUCGGAUACUUAGGCUCCGACGAAUGGGCACCACCUCCGAUCAAUAUAAUCAACUUUGAUAACUAUAGGAUCAACAAUGCCUGGAGUAAUCAUGAGAUAGUUGAAGAGGACGACGAUGAUGAUGAUGAUGAUAAUGGUCGCUUUGGAGGAAGCAGAUUAAUGCCAUCCAUCACGGAAGAAUACGACGACGGCGACGCUGGUAAUUUGUUUUCCUAUGAUAGUCGGAAUGGGAGCGACGUCGUGUAUGUGGUGACGUGGAGAGGGACUGAGGAACUGUCAUCGGCGAGCAUGGAUGCGCUGGUUUGGACACUUGGAAACGAUCUUCAUGAAUCAACCAUCGUCUAUUUGGUCCACGUUUUCCCGGAGCUCCGCUACAUCCCUACUCCUCUGGGAAGGUUACCGAUAAGUCAAGCAAACCCCGAGCAGAAGGAAAGCUGCCUUGUUCAAGAAAGAAGCAAGAGAAGUGAAUACCUCCAAAGGUUUCUUUCUCUAUGCUCUUCUUCAAAGGUCCAAGUUGAAACUGUGCUUAUUGAGAGUGAUAUGGAGGCAAAAGCCAUCCUGGACCUCAUUCCAAUUCUAAAUAUAAGAACACUUGUGUUGGGUGCCACCAAAUCCAACCUAAGGAAACUCAGGGGUAGCAGCAAGAAAGGUGGUGGAGGGACUCUUGAUCAAAUACUACAUAAUGCCCCAGAGUCUUGUGAUGUCAAAGUCAUCUGUGAAGGAAAGGAAGUGUCGUUGCAAGAUCAGUCGGUCACCGGAUCGCCCACUCCAUCUGUGACUGCUCAAUCUCCACGUGACGCUUACGUUAAUGGCCUAAAAACUAUGCCGGACAAUACCGAUAGCUCUGUCAAAUGCAGCUGCUUCAAGCUCUGAUAUCUGUAUCUAUAGGUUCAACUAUAUGUAUACGUUUACAGCUUUGUAAACUCAAAAGCACAAUCUUAAUUGUUGCAUCUUGUAAAACAUGUUCAGAAACAAUAAAUCAAAGUUGUAGUUCAUGUUC